AUGCAUGCAUGCAUGGAGGAGCAGCAGCAGCAGCAACAGCAGCAACAGCAGCAGCAGCAGUUCUUCUUCAUUACUCCUCUUAACUCGAUUUUGCUGCUGCUAGAUGCUGCAGCAACAGCAGAUUUCCUAUGCCGUGGGAGCUUUGACGCAGCAGCAGGAUCAGCAGCAGGAUCAGCAGCAGGAUCAGCAGCAGCAGCAGCAGCAUAUAAUCCAUAUCAGCGGGCUAUACAGCAGCAGCUCAAACAGCAGCAGCAGCAACCGCAGCAGCAGCAGCAGCAGCAGCAAAUAGGCGUUGCUGCUCUCUGCAUGCGUUUUUACAAGGCUGCAGCAAUUCGAGCUCUUUCUAUCCCAGAGAUAGAGAGGGAGGUGCUAUCUGCUCGUCAAUCUGUUGCGCAGCUGCGGCUGCUGCGGCGUGGAGGCUUAGCAUCGAAGCAGCAGCUGCUGCACCGCCGCCGUUUGCUGCGGCAGCUGCUGACUAUAAGAACAGAGAGGGAAGGGAAUUCAGGGAGGCAGGAGCUGCGGCAGCAGCAGCAGCUGCUGCAGCAGCAGCAGCAGCAGCAAUAUCUGCACCAAGCUAUACAACUGCAGCAAACUCUUAGGGAAAAAAUGACGCCAGAUAUGCAGCAGCAAAUGGAGAAACUGCAGCAGCAACUGCAGCAGCAACACGAGGACUUGCUGCAGUGGCAGCAGCAGCAGCAGCAAUAUAGAGAAAUCGCGAAGGGGAAGCAGCAGCAGCAGCAAGACAAGCAGCAGCAAUCACUGCAGCAAUCUAGACAAGCAAUAGCAGCAAAUGCUGCACAGCCUCUAUGA